UCUUACAUGGAGCGUCGGAGGAGGAGCGCCCCGCCCAAACACAAAUUUGAAAACCCAAGAAAGAAAACCUAACGGUUAGUACUACUCGCUGAAAGCCAUUCAUCUCCUUUUCUCUCUUUCUCUCUCCUCGACUAGCAUCAUCAUCACAUCACACUCUCUAAUUUCACAGUUUUAGUCAUCCAUGGCUUCGUCGACAGCAGACCCAGUUCGUAUCAAAUCCAGCAUGUCCUCAAAUUCAUCUCAAAAAGUCCGAAUUGUAGGCAAAAUUAGGGGAUUUACAAAGGAAGAAUCUGAAACUUCGGAUGGAGAUUCAGCGCCGUGGAUCUCCGUGCGCAAACCUAACGAAGAUGGUUCAUCUCAAAAAGUGACAAUUUCCUUUGGAGACCAAUCGACUAGUCACAGAGAUGUGUAUGAAGUGGAUUAUUGCUAUGAGCAAAAUGAAGACAAUGGUAUGAUAUUUUCAAGAGAGAUAAAACCUGUGAUUUCAAAGGUUUUUGAUGGUCAUAAUAUUGCAAUUAUUGCAUAUGGAGCCAGAGGCAGUGGGAAGACCUACACAAUUCAGGGUACCGAGGAGAAACCAGGAUUGGCAGCACUAGCAAUUGCUGAAAUUCUCUUGAUGGCUGAGGACACUGAAAAUUUGGUUGCCAUAUCUUUCUAUGAGGUGUUUCAGGACCAUGUUUAUGAUCUCUUGGAACCCACACGACCAGAAGUGCAAGUAUUGGAAGAUGCCCAAGGAAAAAUUAAGCUUAAAGGGCUCUCUAAGGAAUAUGUGAAAUCCGUUUCUGCAUUUCAGAAGUUAUACUUCAUUGGGUGUAGUUCUCGUCCAGCCAUGCAAAAAAUACCAUUUGAACCCCCAAGAAAGAGUCACAAGGGUUUGAUAAUACGCAUUUUAUCUAACAAUGAAAAGUCAAAUGCUAAGCUUUUGGGAAAGAUAACUUUUGUUGAUUUAGCAGGCUAUGAGGAUGGCAGAAGAAAGAAUUGUGAAGGUUUCAAUAUUGGUGAGAGUAGUAGAGUCAAUAAGUCGUUGUAUGCCUUACUAAAUGUUAUGUAUGCCUUAAAUGCCAAUCACACCCAUCUGCCAUACCGGGAAAACAAAUUAACUCGUAUGUUACAAGAUUCUUUUGGUGGCACAAAUCAUGUGCUGAUGCUUACCUGUUUGAACCCAUUCUUUUGCCAAGACACUAUCUACGCAACAGGUUUAGCUUCUAGAUCAUGCCAAGGAUCCAAUCGAGUUUUCACAAACUCAACAAAGAAAGUUAAAGGUUCAGACACUAUCUAUGCAACAGGUUUAGCUUCUAGAUCAUUCCAAGGAUCCAAUCGAGUUUUCACAAACUCAACAAAGAAAGUUAAAGGUUCAGCCAAACCAAUGGUACUUUCUUCAUUAACCAAAGAAAAACUUGGGAUUGUUUCUUCUACUGUGAAGAAAUCAACCAGCUCCAAAGCAUAUUUCUCUAAAAAGAACACCAGUAGUCUGGAAAAGGGAAGGAAGCUCUUUGAUGAAGGAAAUCAUCUGUCGAACCCUGAACAGGCAAAGUCCCCAUCAAACAUAGCUUCUGUUAUGCAGUCAAGGUUCAUGUCAGAUAUUGGUUCAGCCAUCGUACCUUCUUUACGAGAAGAGGAAAAGUUCAUAUCCAAUGCCUGCUUAGCUGGAGUACCUAAAACUGAGGAAACUUCAUUACUAGAUGCUAGUAAGGACAAAAAACGUAUAGAGGAAAUGGAUGUUCCUCUACACAGUGAGAGCAAUCAUUCAGAAGUUACUGCAAACAUUGAUAGCAACAUUAAAGCUUUGACUUAUUUGGAAGAUGGUGAUGACAUGGAUAAGGAGAACAAAAGUUCGCUGAUGAAUGAAGCUGGAUCUCCACCACUAAGUGCAAGAUUGCGAGACCUAUCAAAUGACUUGAAGUCUCUGUUAUCUUUGACUCCAAUACAGAUAGAGAUACCACCUGAGACCGAUGUUCCAUACAGUGACCAAGUGGUAUCCGCUGAUAUUGUGGAGCUAAAAACCCCGGUCAAAGAACAGCAUUUGAGAGUCAAAGAUAAAUGGGAGGUUGCAAACUGCCCUUCAGAGACAUUCAGUGCACGCAGUUCUGGAUUCAAGCAUUCCCUUGUUCAAGACUAUCUUAGUUUUCUGAAUACAGCUAGCAAAGAAGAGUUGAAAGGAUUACGGGGUAUUGGAGAAAAGAGAGCUACCUACAUUCUUGAACUUCGUGAGGAGUCCCCUGAACCGUUCAAGAAUCCUUUUCGCAUUGCAGCUUGAUGAUUUGAAAGACAUUGGCCUUUCAGCAAAGCAGGUGAAGGGCAUGAUGAAGAAGGUUGCCGGAGAACUUUUUAAUUAGCAUGCUUCAGAUUUAGUAGAAUGAAUGAUGUUUGAUAUUUGGCAACAUAAAGUUGCUAUGGAUCUUUGAAUGCGGGUCUCUUUUUCUGUUUCUUCUUUUUUUAUUUUUUAUAAUUUGAUUGUGAUCUUUUUGAUGCAUGUCAAUAGUGAACCUCUUCCAUUUUAUUGUGUUUAUAUAUCCUACCCAAAUUCACCUGA